GCAAGGGGCUCAAAGUGUCUUGUGACGACUGACCAAGCCCACGUCUCCCAAAUCAUCCCUGUUAAAUAAUUGCAAUAUCUUACCAUAAAUCAGCAAUGUCUUUGAAAGUUGCUAUUGUAUUGUCACCGUUAAUGUCUUGUGAAAACGUAUAGUUCCAUAACAUUACAAAACAAUGGAAAUAUUUAUAAGACGUGGUUACCAGAAGCAUCAAGAAUAGUUUCAGAGUUAAAAGAUCAGUUUUUUAAAGGCCACGUGACAAAGCCUUCUGAUAAGUGCAAAACAAUGAAUGUUAACCAAACUUAGUCGGCAAAAAGACCAAAAAUUAUUUAAAAUUAUCGGCAGAUGCAAGUAACAUCUGAAAAGUGAACCACGGAAGUAAUAUUUAUAAAACGUGGAUGUUAAAAAUCUUACACCGAUAAUUUCAGUGAAUUUCUGUACAGACAAGUGAGAAAUUCUUCUGAAAACGUAGCUUGCAAAAGUAUCUACAAUAAUUGAACUGAUUUGAAGAUUAAUAUCUUUUUAAAGCUGCGUGAGUGUGCUUGUGAGCGUUUUGAUUGUACAUGUGUGCGUUUGUCAACAGGACGAGAAGGGACCCAGCACGAUGCCGUCCAUAGCGGAACAGAAAGCCAAAAUCAACAGCCUGACUCAGGACCUCCGAAAGAAGAUCCAACUCUCAGAGGGAGAGAGCAAGGCCUUCUACGAGGAGAGCGAGGGAGAGAAACAGGCGAAUAAGGUCGCCAUCACAGCACUCAGGGCGGAGAUCAAACUUCUUCAUGUUAAGAUCGAAGAGGCCAACCAGGGGAGCGAGCGCAGUGUGGAGCGGGUGUUACAACAGCGUCGCCGUGCCGUCAGCGCCCCUGUUAGGGUGAAGAAGGCAGAUGGGGCCAUCAGGGCAUCUGAGUACAAGCUCCAUGACUUGGUUAAGAGGCUCAACUUCCUCCAACACACCACCAAGCAGCGUGAGGAACGCCUGGAGUCGCUGAAAAAGCAGCUAGGAGAGGCAGCAUCUGAGAGAGCCCAGGACGAGCAGCGCACCAUCACCCAACUGCAGCAGGACCUGAUAGGACUGGAGAACGAGCUUGAUCGUGUGGGAGUGAGCGUGACGGAGGCCGAGGGCGUGAAGCGGAGGUAUGGUGCCAUGGUGACGGCACUUAAGGGUGAGGCGGCCUCCUACAGGACCACCCUCGACAACCUGCAGGUCAGGCUGGCGGAAGAGAAGGACACCCUUAAGAACCUUCGGGAGAGUCGGAAGAACGCUGAGAGGACAAGAGACUCGUUGAGGACCCGUCUUCACGACGUUGAGGAGUGUGCAUAUGAGACCAAGAGGGAGAGAGAAAAGAGGCUUUUUGAGUUCAGGCGCCGGGCCGAGGAGCGUCGGGCUCAUGACCUGGGAGCAGCAGUCGACCGUCGUCUCUCCCUCCUGCGCACCCCAACCAGGAGGGACUCGCCCACCUCAGCCCUCACCCACGACUCACAUGAGCAGGUGGAGGCAGAGCUCGAAAAAUAUCAACAAGUUUUCACCAACCUGAAGGAAGUGUUGGGUGUGACGAGUGUUGAUGAGGUAGUCGAGCGACUGACGACGCAGGGCAAUACACGGGAACACCUUCGUCAGUUGCGCUCUGUCACCCUUGAGGAAGUGACCAGACUGAAGCAGGAGAAGGAACAGAUGCAUGAGGAAUUACACCGUGUUAAGUAUGCUACAACCGAAGAUGCUGCCAGGAUGGUUGGCGUGAUAGGUGACCUGAAGAAGGAGGUGCAUGAAAAAGAAUCAAUGAGAGAGGAUCUGUCAAGCCGCCUGGACAGCACCCUUAAGGUCCUGGCGGGGGUUCGGGCUGGUCUUGAGCAUGUUGCUGAGAAGCUAGAGACAGCAGAGCACGAACGGCCCCCCCGUGCUGAGUCUCCACUACAGUAUCUAUUGGUGCUGAUGUCUUACUGUACUGACCGAGCUGAGGAGCUGAUGGAGGAAGUCAGCUCUGCACAGAUGGAACAGAAGUUGGCAGAGAUGGUGGAGGAAGAGAAGGAUAAUGGAGGAAUGAUGACCUCUCCAGAAAACAUCAGGGUAUCCUUCCCUGGUUCAGUUGCCACGACUAAAGCAGCUCAACAACAGGCUGAGGAGGGUGCAGACAGCGGGGAGGAGGAAGAGAGCCUCACCAGGAAGUUCAUCAAGAGACAAGCACAGAUGAUAGUGGAAGCAAAGGCCCGCAAGAGGAACCGCCCUGUAUCUACUUUUAAGUCUUAAACAAAGAGGUCUACCACUACUUCAAGAAUUAUCAUAAGUACCGUACUCUUCUUUCAUUCACGUGUAAAAUAGUUACAUAUUGAAACUACAAAUAAUUGUGGAAAUUAUUUGAAACAAUCUGACAAAGGGAUGCAUUACGUCACCAUGAUUGUAGUGGUGUAAAAAUAAUCUUGUAACCAUGGUGGUUUAAAACUGAUGUAAGAAACACAGUCACACUGUUUAAAGUGCUACGUCGCCAAUAGUGCGAGACAUCUAUUAUAGUGGUCAUUUAAGUUUGUCGUGACACCUAAGAAUGCAUGGUAUGCCCAUACAGUAGAGAACACUGAGUAGUCAUGGUUGUUUAAUUUGGUUUAUGAAACAUUAUAGAACUAUUGUUUGUAAAAAUUUGUAUAAGGUACAUUAUGUGACAAUAAAUUUUAAGAGCUUUAACAUAAUACGGAUGGGGAUUGCAACUUGGUUAUUUUGACUGCAAUUACUGUGGGAGAAGUCCUCCAAGGGUUAAGAUUAAUCACAAAAUCAUUAUUUAUGUAAAAUUUGCUUUUAUUAUGACAUGUAAUUGGGGUUGUAAAAAAUAAGAGUAAGAUAUAUUAGAUGACCAAAGGUGCUCAAUAUUAGUAUAGGCAGAGCACAGAAGUGAUAAAGUUUUGUGGAAGUGGACAGUGGAAAUACUUUAUGGUAAAACAACAGUUUGUAGACCAAAACCUUGAGCAUCAUUUCAGUUUGCUUUCUAAACAAUUUGUAACUUUACUAAGGUUCAAAGAAUAAAACUGGCAAAUUAACUUUUUGUUACAUCACACUUCUACCCACAGACAACUCUGAAAAACUAAGAAUUUUUCACACAUUUGUAAAACUGUGUUGAAUUUCCAUUUAGUGUUUGAUUAUUUACCAGAAUUGUAAUAUGUAAUGUAUUGAGAAAAAAAUUAUGUUGUAUCAGGAUAUGAAACCUCAGUUGUAGGGGGUUCUUGAUCAACAGGUGUAAGUAUUCCAUACAUUAAAAUUUCAUCAAAACUU